CUAAGAACAUUAGUUAGUUAGAUGCUCAAUGUUAAUGUGGAAAAAAAAAUUAGUCAAGUAUCAAUAAUAUUACAUCAACAGUUAAACCCUGAAAACCUAGUAAAAUGGGGUAACUGAUAAAAGGUUCAUAAGGCAAUAUUUUGUACGGAUGAGAAAAACAGUAAAAUGGUCUACAGUAAUCAUACCAAGAUAAAAUUAUAUUAUAACGUCACAUUAUCAUGGGGAUAAUUUUAAUUGUAGUCACUGUCAUGACUUGAAAAUGUAAGUUUGCCUAUUGAUAGGGAUGUCAGGUAGGUUUUUGUUUUGACCGACACCCUGACAUUUGACUUCAAUAUGAUGUUUGGUACUUCUGGCUUGCUCCAAUAUAAUCACUGGUUCUGUAAAGUUUAAUGGAAAUAAUAAUAGCUGGCUGCUUUGACACGCAUUUUCAAAAUUUGAUCAAAUUCAACUAGUUCUUACGUCCAACCAUGCCAUUGCCAACCUUCUUUCUUGACUUUGUAAGAGAUAUGAAUUCACAUAAUGGAGGCCCGCAACUUCAACUCCGAAUAAUGAUUUAAACAAAAAGGGUAAUGUGCAGCAUGUAUAUUAAAUCCUCAACCAGUCUGUCAAUGCAUUUUAACAAAUAAACAGUAUCAGCCAUAACUGAAGGUUAACACUAUAUAAAGGGUUUCGAUGCAUACUAUGCAAAUGCAAGAAUAGAGCAUAGCUCAUCUAAACAACGACUGGUGCUGCACACUGACAGAAGAUGAGAACAUCAGCAGGGCCGAGGCACUGGCCUCGACUCAUCUAUGGAUUGGCAUUUUGUCUAAUUGCUAUCACUGUCGCUGGUGAUGAUUAUAAGCCUUACUAUGCAUCCCAGCCAACCUAUUACUCUCCACCACAGCAUGCAAAACACCCACCCCACCAUCACAAAAAACCUCCACAUGCACACAAAUCUCCACAUUCACCUUAUGUCUAUAAGUCACCACCCCCUCCCUCUCCUUCACCCCCACCUCCAUACAUCUACAAGUCUCCUCCACCACCAUCCCCAUCACCACCCCCACCAUAUGUUUAUAAAUCUCCUCCACCUCCAUCUCCUUCACCACCCCCUCCAUACGUGUAUAAAUCUCCUCCACCUCCAUCCCCAUCACCACCUCCUCCUUAUGUUUACAAGUCUCCACCACCUCCAUCCCCCUCACCUCCUCCACCAUAUGUGUACAAGUCUCCUCCUCCACCAUCUCCAUCACCUCCNCCUCCUUAUGUCUACAAGUCUCCACCACCUCCAUCCCCCUCACCUCCUCCACCAUAUGUAUAUAAGUCUCCUCCUCCACCAUCUCCAUCACCUCCCCCUCCUUACAUCUACAAGUCCCCACCACCACCAUCUCCAUCACCACCUCCUCCAUAUAUUUACAAGUCUCCACCACCACCAUCUCCAUCACCACCACCUCCUUAUGUCUAUAAAUCUCCACCUCCUCCAUCCCCUUCACCUCCACCACCAUAUAUCUACAAGUCACCACCACCUCCAUCCCACUCGCCUCUACCAUAUGUGCACAAGUCUCCACCUCAACCUCCUCAUCAUUUCCAAAAGUACCCGCCACACCAGCUUCCCUACCUCUAUAACUCCCCACCACCUCCUGCAGCAGGCUAUUGAGUUAACUAAAUCAAUUUAUAUCAUUUCAAUAAAUUUAUGGAACAUAUUGCUGCGAUUACUACUAAGACUUCGUCAAUAUUACAGGGUCUACACUGAAGAGCCUUGUUAUGAAUGUAGCCCUGUUGAGUCAUUUGUUAGUGUCAAUUCAAAAGUUUGCUUAAUUUUAAAUUUUAUCAUAUGAUAUUAUAUACAUUAAUGUGUUGUUGCUAA